AUAUCUUUAUAACCAUCAUUUCCAAGCUUCAAUGGAACACAAUUGUUUUCCAUAUCUUUUUUGAGAGCUACUUCGGCUUCACGAAUGGCUCGACACGAGGGGAGCAGCGGAGCGGUUUCGAUGAGCACGGUGGCUGUUGCAAUGGCGUUGCUGCUGCUGCUUGGCUUCGAACAUGGCGAUGCUGCUACAACUUUUGUUGUUGGCGACUCGAACGGAUGGAACUUGGGCACGGAAGGAUGGCCUAAUGGGAAGGUGUUUAGAGCAGGUGACAUAUUAAGAUUCAACUAUAACCCAACAGUUCACAACGUGGUGGCAGUGGACGAGGGGGGUUAUAGAAGCUGCAUAGCUCCAAGAGGCGCCAAAGUGUUCAAUUCAGGCAAGGAUGAAAUCAUGCUCUCAAGAGGACAGAACUUCUUCAUAUGCACCACCCCAGGCCACUGCCAAGCUGGGAUGAAAAUUGCUAUCAAUUCCCUCUAGUUCUCGACCACCCCGUAUCGUUUACACAUCGAUCUCGAUGUAAAUGUUCUAAGUAACGACGAUUUGGAAACAUUGUGGAAAUAAAAUAAUUGAUAAUAAUUAAGUGUGGUUAUAUG